ACUCCUGUCACUCAGACUCCUCGCUCGACAAGGUGCUCGAUAAGGAAGGAAGGGAGAAGAUGGCGGCGUCCAUGGCGUCCCUGGUUCGGCUGCGCCGGCUGUUGCCCGCGGGGCGCCGAGUGUCUGCGCUGGGCUGCCCCUGGCACCCUUCCCGGGCCUUGGCUGCAGGGAGCGGCCCCAGCAAGCCUGGGCCUGUAACUUGGAAGACUCUGGCAAUCACCUGUGCGGUUGGAGGAGGAUUGUUAGCGACCAUGAAAUACUUCAAAAAAGAAAAAGAUGAACAGUUGGAGAAGGAGCGGCAACGGAGUAUUGGAAAGCCAUUGUUGGGAGGCCAUUUCUCACUCACUGAUCACGAGGGCCACCCCAAGUCAGAUCGUGACUAUCUGGGUCGGUGGGUACUAAUCUACUUUGGUUUUACGCACUGUCCUGACAUUUGUCCGGAAGAACUGGAGAAAAUGAUUUUAGCUGUAGAUGAAAUUGAUGCAAUCCGGUCUUUGCCCAACAUCACUCCACUCUUCAUCACUAUUGAUCCAGAGAGAGAUAAUAAAGAUGCCAUUGCUAGAUAUGUUAAAGAAUUUUCACCUAAGCUGAUUGGAUUGACGGGUACCAAAGACCAGAUUGAUCAGGUGGCUCGAGCCUAUCGUGUCUAUUACAGUUCUGGCCCCAGAGAUGAAGAUAAUGAUUAUAUUGUAGAUCACACCAUCAUUAUGUACCUUGUUGGGCCUGAUGGGAAAUUCAUUGAUUAUUAUGGCCAAAACAAGAAGCAUUCUGAGAUUGCUGUUUCAAUCGCUGGACACAUGAGGCAAUUUAAACAGAGCUAGGGGAGGGAAGAUUUCCUACUGGAUGGGAAGCGUACUGCCAAUGAAGUGGACAUAUGCAGUGGGAAUGUACCAUGGAGAUCGACUCAGUUGGAUGAAGUAUUGUGCAAGUAAUAUCUCUUGGCACCUUCCUCAUGUUCUUGAAUUUGUUGUUAAGGCUGUAUCUCCAGACAGACUCAAAAUGGAUUAAAUAAAGAGCAGGAUGUCAUUCUACUACAAGAAGUGACCAAAUACUUUGCUCAGAAUGUGCCUCAACUCUGUGUUGACUUAUUAAAGGUCUUUGGAUACAACACAAGAGAUGGACCCAAGGAAAAGAUAAUCACUUCUGAAUCUUGAUCACAAGAGCCUUGGAAUUCUUUUCCACACUUGAAUUGUUAUUUCUUGUAAUACUACAUGACUAUAUAAAGAUUUAGGCACUGAAGUGAGCAGUAGUCAUGAUGCCACGUGUGGGACUAGCUUUAUCUGCUAGGAGCCAUGGCAUCAGUAUCUCCCAAGCUGACAUUUUAUGAUAGCCAUAGAAACUGUCCUCCUCAUGUUAUUAUUCAAAUAGCUAGUGUAGCUUAUGACAGGAAUAGCAAACCUGCCACUCCUUCCACAUGUUGGAGUCCAAUUCCUAUUAUUCCUAGCCAGCAUGGCUACUGGUGAGGAAUGAUAGGGACUGUAGUGUAGAAGGUUCCCUGUUUCCGGCUUUUGACAUAAUUGUGGAGCACUAAGUAAGAUGGUCAUAUGGUUACUAAAUCUUUAUAUAGAAGGAUUAUUGAUCAGGUAAAAUCACAUUCAUUGUAUUGUCAAUUAAAUAAAGCAUGAAAACCCUAGUA